AUGAUUCUUUUGGGAUUUUAUCAAGUUUUGAUUCCUACCACCCUCUUGUGGUUUAGGGCCAACCACGACGUCGGCCACGAACGAACACCCCCUCCCUCCACGACCACCACGUAUUCACUCCCGCGUAUUCGCCAUUACGUUGACGACGACUUCCGCCACCACGACGACGACGGCCACCACUACCACCACCACCACCACCACCACCACCACCACCACUAUCACCAUCACCACCACCCUAACCACCAACACCCUAACCGCCAACACCCUAACCACCAACACCCGAACUACCAACACCCGAACCACCAACACCCGAACCACCAACACCCGAACCACCAACACCCUAACCACCAACUCCCGAACCACACCAACACACAAACCACUACCACCAGAACCAUCACCACCACCACCUCCACCUCCACCAAAUCUUCACCACCACCAAACCUCCACCACCACCACCACCCACGACGACCACGUAUUCACCAUUACGUCGACGAUGAUGGCGACCACGACUACCGCCACCACCAUGACGACGCGACCAACACCGCCGCCGCCGCCACUGCCACCACCACCACCAGCUGA